UUUUUAAAUCAUGGACUUUGGAUUUUUUUUAACCCACCCAUUAUUACAUCAUCAACUACUUGUAACAGUGAAGGUAGGGGCUUUUCAGAAAUAAAAAUUACAAUAAACAAGCAGUGAUAAGCACCGUUUACCGGCAACUUGGUGUAUUAUUAGUCAUUGCAAUUUGUAAUUGAAAGACGACUCCAUAAAUAAUUCAAUAAUGGUACCUAUGAAUUGGCCUGCUAUUGGUUUCACAAUAUUACCUAACCUAGGAGGAAUUGCUGGUGGAUUCAUUACAAGACCACAGAUCGACAAAUGGUACCAGACUCUAAAUAGGCCAUCAUGGAGGCCCCCAAAUUGGGCCUUUGGACCAGUAUGGACUUCUCUGUAUUGUAGUAUGGGCUAUGCUUCAUACAUAGUGUAUCGUGAUGGUGGUGGAUUCGAAGGGGCAGCAAGAUUACCUUUAGCAGUAUAUGGUGCCAACCUGGUAGCGAACUGGGCAUGGACUCCUAUCUUUUUUGGAGCUAAAAACAUCAAAUUGGCUCUCUAUGAAAUGCAGAUUAUCAAUAUCACUGCAGUUGGUAUGGCUUGCUUGUUUUACCAAGUCAAUCCUCAUGCAGGACUUCUUAUCGUUCCAUACUGUUUGUGGCUGAGCUUGGCUACAGCUCUGAAUUAUGUGAUGUACAGAGACAACAAGGAUAAUAAACCAAAAAUCACCGAAUUGAAAGAUAACUGAAUCUAUCUUUUAUGUAUAUUUGGUGUUUAAUAUAGCACAGGUUAUAGAAAAUAUAUAUGUAUUGAUAUUGUGCAUUUUGUAAAUUUUAUAAGCAUUCCAAACUGUGUUGUUGAUGCAAUAAACAUUUUAACAUUUCA